AAGCCCAUAGAGAGCUUGUCUUCUACAUUCAGCUACACCAGCUGGUAGCUCUACCAUAUCUGAGAGAGCAUAAAAACCCUACUCCUGAAUUCGAAAGCGAUCAAAACCACCCACCAUGGCUUGGAUAUGGACUGCACUUGCCCUGAUUGCCAUUGUUUUUCUCUUCAACAUGAUGAAAAACAAGCAUAAGAGGCUGCCUCCUGGCCCUAGAGGGAUCCCAAUUUUGGGCAAUAUGCAUAUGUUAGGGAGCUUGCCUCACCGAGCUCUACAAGCUCUAUCCAAAAAGUAUGGCCCCAUCAUGUACAUGCGGUUAGGCUUUGUGCCCGCCAUUGUUGUUUCUUCCCCUCAGGCUGCCGAGCAGUUCCUGAAGACACAUGACCUUGUUUUCGCUAAUAGGCCACCCCAUGAGUGUUCAAGGCACAUGCUAUAUGAUGGAAAGGGCAUAUCGUUUUCGGGGUAUGGCCCUUAUUGGCGCAGCAUGCGCAAGCUGUGCACCUUGGAGUUGCUCACCAGCCGUAAGAUUAACUCCUUCAAGCCUAUGAGAAGGGAAGAGGUUGGCCUGUUGAUCAAGUCUUUUGAGGAAGCUGCGCGAGCUGGUGCUGCAGUUGAUGUCAGUGCCAAGGUUGCGUCGCUGAGUGCAGACAUGAGUUGUAGGAUGGUAUUUGGGAAGAAGUACAUGGACAAGGAUCUUGAUGAAAGGGGAUUCAAGGCUGUGAUUCAAGAGGGAAUGCAGUUGGCUGCUACUCCUAAUAUUGGUGAUUACAUUCCUUGCCUUCUGGGGCUUGAUCUUCAGGGUCUGACAAGGCGGAUAAAGGCAACGGGUAAGGUGUUUGAUGACUUCUUUGAGAAGAUCAUUGAUGAGCAUAUUCAUAAGCCUAAGGAGGAAGGACAGACAAAGGACUUGGUCGAUGUGAUGCUGGACUUAAUGGGAUCUGAAGAGACUGAAUACAACAUCCAACGGGCCAACAUCAAAGCUAUAUCUUUGGAUAUGAUGGCAGCCUCCAUGGACACUUCAGCAACCACGAUUGAGUGGGCACUUUCAGAACUCAUCAAGCAUCCACCGAUGAUGAAAAAAGUUAUAAAUGAGUUGGAAAAAGUGGUCGGCAUGGAGAGAAUGGUGGAGGAAUCAGACUUAGAGAGCUUGGAGUACCUGAACAUGGUUGUGAAGGAGACCUUGAGGCUCCACCCGGUGGCACCUCUACUGAUCCCACAUGAGUCCAUGGAAGACUGCACAGUUGAUGGCUUCCAUAUACCCCAAAAAUCUCGUGUAAUAGUGAAUGUAUGGGCGAUAGGGCGCGACCCCAAUGCAUGGACUGAUGCAGACAAGUUCCUGCCAGAGAGGUUUAUGGAGAGCGAUAUAGAUUUUCGGGGGCAGCACUUUCAAUUUAUCCCGUUUGGCUCUGGUAGAAGAGGUUGCCCCGGGAUGCAAUUAGGCCUCACCGUGGUUCUGCUCGUGCUGGCGCAACUUGUUCAUUGCUUUGAUUGGGAACUUCCAGAUAACAUGUUGCCAAGUGAGUUGGACAUGACUGAGGAGUUUGGCCUCACAUUACCAAGGGCCAAGCAUCUAGUGGCUAUUCCUACUUGUCGCCUUCACAAAUGAUAUAAUCUCUGUAUCAUUGCCAACUGAGUUCCAAUGUUGAAUGUGAAAUAUGAAUAAUAACGCUUUUAUGCUUUAUGUAAAACUACAGUAUCUGCUGCAAAGUUGGAUCCUCUUACUUUGGUAGGUCAUUGUAUUGCUGACCAGAAAAUCAAAAUUCAACUUAGCAUUUAAUGAUUUU